GUUAGCUUAGCCGCUUAGCAGCUAACUAGGCGCUUGUGCUGGUAGCGUAGCGUUUAGCUAGCCUCUGCAAGAUGGCGGCGUACACAUCUUCAGAGCGCUUUUCUUUUUCUCCUAAAGACAUUUAACCCAAAAACGCUUUUUCGCUUGCUAUACGGAGAUUUAAGAAAAAAUGCGCAGGAGCCCAUCUGCAUGUGACGCUGUGUAGUUUGAGUUACUUUCCUUCGUUUCGCCGGUAAUUGGCGUUUGCUCAGCCGCCGGCGUCUGUCUAUGUAUUUUCUUCUCGUGAUGAAAAGCGUAUUGUGCCGCUAAAAUGGCGGUUCGCGUAGAUUUGAGCGGCUAACAUGCUAACCGGCCGACAUUUUUUUUCAUACUCUAUACGUUUGAUUUGCGACGCGCAUAAACGCUAAUAUUUACUAUAACUGCGUGAGUCUUUUAGUAUAUUCUGGAGAGCAGUUGGCCAAACAAAUAAAACAAAUAAACGCGUGGAAGUCGAACCCAUUUCGGUGACCUAGUUAGCUUGCGCGAAGCUACAGAGUACUAGCGGGCUAAUCCAGUUAGCACAGAGCUUUUGACACCCGAAUGCUGUUGGAAUCCCAACUAAAAUCAGCGCUGUGCGUGGGAUUUGUGUCUCGCUAGAGAAGUGGACAUGGCUUCUUCAGGGACCUCGGUUCUGCAGCCGCGCUGGAAGAGGGUUUUGGGCUGGUCUGGCCCGGUUCCUCGCCCGAGACACGGACACCGAGCUGUGGCCAUUAAAGAGCUGAUGGUGGUGUUCGGCGGAGGGAAUGAAGGCAUUGUGGACGAGCUGCACGUCUAUAAUACAGCCACCAAUCAGUGGUUUAUUCCUGCUGUCCGGGGUGACAUUCCUCCCGGCUGUGCUGCAUAUGGAUUUGUGUGCGACAGCACCAGACUCCUUGUGUUCGGGGGCAUGGUUGAGUACGGAAAGUAUAGCAACGAUCUUUAUGAACUACAGGCCAGUAGAUGGGAGUGGAAACGUUUGAAGCCCAAAGCCCCCAAGAAUGGCCCACCACCAUGUCCUCGCCUGGGCCACAGCUUUUCCCUGGUUGGAAACAAAUGUUAUUUGUUUGGUGGACUGGCAAAUGACAGUGAAGAUCCCAAAAACAAUAUUCCCAGAUACCUGAAUGACCUUUACACUCUCGAGCUACGCCCGGGUUCUAACGUAGCAGGCUGGGACAUCCCCAUUACAUACGGUGUGCUUCCCCCUCCUCGGGAGAGCCACACUGCUGUUGUCUACACGGAGAAAACGUCCAAAAAGUCUCGUCUCAUCAUCUAUGGCGGCAUGAGUGGUUGCCGUCUUGGGGACCUCUGGACUUUAGACAUAGAUACUUUAACCUGGAACAAACCUGCCAUAAGUGGUGCGGCACCUUUGCCCCGCAGUCUCCACUCUGCCACCACUAUAACUAACAAGAUGUUUGUGUUUGGUGGAUGGGUUCCUCUGGUCAUGGAUGAUGUCAAAGUGGCGACACACGAGAAGGAAUGGAAGUGCACUAACACGCUGGCUUGCUUAAAUCUAGACUCAAUGUCUUGGGAAACCAUCUUGAUGGACACGCUCGAGGAUAAUAUCCCAAGGGCCAGAGCCGGACACUGCACUGUGGCUAUAAACAAUAGGCUGUUCGUCUGGAGUGGAAGAGACGGCUACCGCAAAGCCUGGAACAACCAAGUUUGCUGCAAAGAUCUGUGGUAUUUGGAAACAGAUCGUCCUCAGCCUCCGUCACGUGUGCAGCUGGUCCGUGCCAACACCAACUCUCUGGAGGUGAGCUGGGGGGCAGUGCCUACCGCUGACACUUACCUGCUGCAGCUGCAGAAAUAUGACAUCCCUGCUGCAACAGCUGCCACAUCGCCAACGGUCAACCCAAUCCCAUCUUUACCCAUCAACUCACCUAAAAGUCCGGCGCCCGCCGCUGCUGCUCCUGCAGCUCAGAGUCUGCCCCUCUCUGGGGUCACAAUGGUGCCACAAGUUCCUUCCCCCACCACCGCCAUGCCAAGCAGCCCGCUUGCAGCCUCACUUCGUGGACCAGCUAUUCUCAAAGUGGCAGCGCCUCAUUCCACCCCCGGGACGUCAGUCCUUACUGUGCGUCAGGCCACUCCUGGAGGAAAAUCCCCAGUCACGGUUACAUCACUUCCUGCAGGUGUCCGCAUGGUUGUCCCUGCACAGAGCACCCAGGGGAUGCCAAUCGGCAGCAGUCCUCAGAUGAGUGGCAUGGCUGCUUUGGCUGCAGCUGCAGCUGCCACACAGAAGAUCCCGCCCUCUUCCACGACCACUGUGCUAAAUGUUCCAGCCGGAGCCACCAUCAUGAAAACCGUCGCUAUGACUCCUGGAUCCACAACUCUGCCAGCUACUGUCAAACUAGCUUCACCUAUAAUGGUUACUAAUCCCGCGACCCGAAUGCUGAAAACGGCUGCAGCUCAGGUCGGCACUUCCGCCAUCUCUACUCCUAACACUCCGAAUCGACCGAUCAUCACUGUGCACAAAUCAGGCACAGUAACCGUAGCCCAGCAGGCUCAGGUUGUCACCACCAUGGUCGGAGGAGUCACCAAAACUAUAACCCUUGUUAAGAGCCCCAUUACAAUGGGUGGCAGUGGUCCUCUGAUCUCCAGCCUUGGGAAGAUGAUGUCUGUUGUCCAGACCAAACCAGUACAAACCUCUGCGGUGACCAGGCAGGCUGGAAGCAGUCCUGUUACUCUAAUACAAACAAAAACUCCUCUGCCUGCUGGUACCAUCCUGAAACUGGUCACAUCUGCUGAUGGCAAGCCCACCACAAUCAUUACAACUUCACAGGCAGGAGGGGCUGGCACCAAACCCACUAUUCUGGGCAUCAGCACUGUCUCUCCAACUACCGCCAACAAACCAGGAACCACCAUUAUUAAAACCAUUCCCAUGUCUGCUAUCCAACAAGGAGCAACAGGUCUGACUAGCAGCCCUGGCGUCAAGUCCCCCAUCCAAAUUUUCACCACUAAGGUUGUUACUCCUGGCACGGGUACUCCAGGGAAAAUCAUAACAGCUGUGCCAAAACUGACUGGUGCAGGACAACAGGGGGUCACACAGGUGGUCCUGAAGGGGGCGCCAGGGCAGCCCGGCACUAUCCUGCGCACUGUGCCUAUGGGUGGAGUGCGUCUGGUUUCACCAGGCACUGUGUCCGCUGGCAAACCAACUGUUACCACACUGGUUGUCAAAGGCACCACAGGAGUCACAACUCUGGGUACAGUAAGUGGUACUGUAUCGACUAGUGUGGCAGGGGCCAAUGUGGCAAGCGCUAACGCCAGCCUGGUGACUCCAGUCACCACACUUGCCUCCAUCGCCACAUUGUCCAGCCAGGUGAUCAGUCCCUCAGCCAUCACUGUAUCUGCUGCCCGUACCAAUGUCGCCACCGCUACAAUAUCAGCAGCACAGCCUACUCAAGUAACCCUGAUCACGACUCCAAGUGGUGCUGAGGCCCAGCCUGCACAGGAUCUUCCUGUCUCCAUCCUGGCCUCUCCCACCUCAGAGCAGCCGUCCACCACAGGUGCUGAUGCUGGUGACGGCGCUGGCGAUGGUGCUACCACCGUGACACUGGUCUGCUCCAACCCUCCGUGUGAGACACAUGAGACCGGAACGACCAACACUGCGACGACGGCUUCUGCCAAAAUGGGCACCGAACAGAUUUGUUCCAACCCUCCAUGUGAGACGCACGUGACGGGCACCACCAACACAGCAACCACGGCCUCUGCGAACAUGGGCAGAACACAGCAGGUGUGCACCAACCCACCCUCAGAAACCCAUGACACGGGCACCACCAACACAGCCACCACUGCCAGCUGCGACAUGGGAUCUAAAGAGAUGGGAACCGUGAACAGCAAGACGCCGUCAUCUUCACCAGGUACGUCUUCAGCUUCUGGUUCAGAACCAGCAACACCCGUCUCAGAGAGCAGUGCUGGACCGGGCACCAUGCGGCCGGAGGGUCUCCGCACGGGCACCACCAACACAGCCACCACUGCCAGCUGCGACAUGGGAUCUAAAGAGAUGGGAACCGUGAACAGCAAGACGCCGUCAUCUUCACCAGGUACGUCUUCAGCUUCUGGUUCAGAACCAGCAACACCCGUCUCAGAGAGCAGUGCUGGACCGGGCACCAUGCGGCCGGAGGGUCUCCGCACGGGGACCACCAACACCUCCACUACCGCCCGCUCAAACAUGGGCUCCGACCAGACGGGAACGGUGCAGAGCUCCGACAAGAGCCAGGCCGCCAUCUCCUCUGCGUUGAUGCCUGUUUGCGCCAACUCUUCCAGCGAAACGAACGAGGCGGGCACCACAGGCACUUCACCUGUGUCUGGUGAUGUCCAGCAGGUCUGCUCAAACCCUCCCUGUGAGACACACGAGACGGGCACGGCCAAUACGGCUACGCAGUCGAGCUCUAGUAUGGGCAGUGGGCAAACCAAUGUUGUGCAGAGGGUGUGUUCCAAUCCGCCCUGUGAAACCCACGAAACGGGUACCACAAACACGCCGACCCAGGCCUCAUCUUCUAUUGGUGCUGGACAGAAUGGCACUGUUCAAAUGGUGUGUUCCAAUCCUCCCUGUGAAACCCACGAAACUGGUACCACCAACACGCCAACUCAGGCCUCAUCUUCUAUUGGUGCUGGACAGAACGGUGCUGUGCAGAGGGUGUGCUCCAAUCCGCCCUGUGAAACCCACGAAACGGGUACCACCAACACGCCAACUCAGGCCUCGUCUUCUAUUGGUGCUGGACAGAACGGCGCUGUGCAGAGGGUGUGCUCCAAUCCGCCCUGUGAAACCCACGAAACGGGUACCACCAACACGCCAACUCAGGCCUCGUCUUCAAUCGGUGCUGGACAGAAUGGUGCUGUGCAGAGGGUGUGUUCCAAUCCGCCCUGUGAAACUCACGAGACCGGCACCACCAACACAGCCACGACAGCAACAAGCAGCUUAGAAACUGGAGAAGUAACAGCCCAGCAGGCCGGUGAUGGACAGAGUGACAGCGGCACCAGCUCAGAACCCUCAUCAUCUACAGAACCAGCCAAUCCCACAACACAAAGCAGAGCCAUCACAACAGUAACACAGGCCACGCCCACUCCAGGACCAUCAGUACCGGAGAUUUCAUCCAUGGCUGGAUCUGCGGUAGUGGCUGAGGUCCCAGGAGAGGCCGAGGCCAUGGAGCAGACCAGCGCUGAGGCCGUGGCAGCGGGAGAAGAGCCCAUGCAGACCGAGUGUCAGGGAGAGCUGGGUGAAGAGGGAGCCAUUAGGGUUGUUGCCAUAGAUGAAAGUGCAGCCGGUGAGGAGGGCACCAUGCUACAGGUUCAUGUCGCCAUGGAAGCACAGCCAGGUCAAGGAGAUCAGGCUGAGCAGAUGGAGGCCGGUGUGGAGGGCGCAGAAGCGAUGAGUCUCGCCGUUCAAGAUUCAGAAGCCCUCGCUCUGCCCCAGGAGCUGAUGUCUGCAGAAGGACAGCAAACCACCCUCAUGGUGACCGGACUGACUCCAGAGGAGCUGGCUGUGACAGCAGCGGCUGAGGCUGCAGCACAGGCUGCGGCUACAGAAGAAGCGCAGGCCCUUGCCAUCCAGGCUGUCCUACAGGCGGCUCAGCAGGCUGUGCUCAGUGAGGGAGACGCAGGUCAUGGCGGCCAGCAGUCCACCACCAUCCCUAUAGUGUUGACUCCGCAGGAGCUCGCUGCUCUGGUUCAGCAGCAGCAGCAGCUCCAGGAGGCGCAGGCGGCCGCAGCCCAACAGUUAACCGCUGAAGCAGCCGCAGCUGCACUGCCCACCGAAGGCUUGGCACCAGCAGACAGUCUCAACGACCCAGCGUCUGAGAGCAACGGCCACGAGAUGACAACUGCUGUUGCGGGAGCUGUGGCCCGUCUCCUUCCACGUACUUCUGCAGAGACUCUAGCCCCAUCAAUUACUUUUGCACCAUCUCAGCCGAUGGUGGUCGCUAGUCCAGCCAAGAUGCAAGCGGCCACUGCUUUAGCUGAGGUGGCCAAUGGGAUUGAAUCAGCAGCUGGGAAGCAAGAAGCUCCUCCAACCGUUGUAAAGCCACCAGUGAAGAAAGAGAAUCAGUGGUUUGACGCUGGAAUCGUUAAGGUCACAAACAUGGUUGUCACGCACUAUUAUGUGCCAGCAGAUGAUUCAGCAGUUACUGAUGAUGAUUCUGGCGCAAUCCCAGACUACAGCCAAAUGAAAAAGAUCGAGCUUUCUCCAGGCACUGCAUACAAGUUUCGCGUGGCCGGUAUCAACGCGUGCGGCCGCGGGACGUUCUCCGAGGUCUCUGCGUUUAAGACCUGCUUGCCUGGCUUCCCUGGAGCCCCGUGUGCCAUCAAAAUCAGCAAGAGCCCCGAUGGUGCUCACCUGACCUGGGAGCCUCCUUCAGUGACAUCGGGGAAGAUCAUUGAGUAUUCGGUGUAUCUGGCCAUCCAGAGCUCACAAACAGUCGAGGCUAAAGCGUCCUCUCCGGCUCAGCUUGCCUUUAUGCGGGUGUACUGUGGGCCCAACCCGUCCUGCCUAGUGCAGUCGUCUAGUCUCUCCAAUGCCCACAUCGACUACACCACCAAACCCGCCAUCAUCUUCCGCAUAGCCGCACGCAACGAGAAGGGCUACGGCCCUGCCACACAAGUCAGGUGGCUACAAGAAACCAGUAAAGAUGGCUCUGCGGCCAAACCUGCAGCAAAGAGGCCGGUCUCGUCACCUGAUAUGAAAGGCGCUGGUCCAAAGAAGGCCAGACCUGACCAGUGAGAGCUCACCGUGACCCUUAACCCCACCCUGUUUAUGAGCUGAACCAUGACUGAACUCCACCUCCUGCUUCCACUUCUCACCCCAUUCCAUCCUCUGCAAUGAACCGGAAGGAAACUGCAGCCAAAAAUAGGAAAACGUUAAAAAAAAAAAAGGAAAACCUUUCCGUUUCCGUUUUUGAGAAAUCCGCUCCCAUCACUGGACAUGUUGGUGCCAUGGACGCCUAAUUUCCAACAGUAUUUUUAAAAAAAAACAUAAAUGUUCCUCCUCUGAAGCACAUACAUUUGCUUUUCCUGACAAUUUUGUGUAAAGAGAUUCUGACAGCAGCGUUCAAUCUAGUUAUAACUGUAUUAUAAGAUACUCACUCUUUGUUUUCCUCCCUUGAUAUUCAUUUAUUUUUAAGCUUAUUUCAAUACAAGCAAUAGAUAACAGAAAAAUCACUUUGCUCUUCUUGUCAGUUUGUUGAUGUUUUCAUUAUUUGGGCAAGUCUGUAUAUUUCAACCGCGUGCUGAAAGGAGACGGAGAUACGGAGGAGGGCGUGCGGACGGCGAAACGAAGCAGGGGAAACGCAUCGAAAUCAAAUGAAAACUGACAGCACUUGGUGAUACUUGUGAGGGAAAAGACUCGGUUCGUUUGGAGAAUCUGUAAUUAUUCAUUCACUUCGAGUUCAGUAGCCUGUUUUGCAUCACUGUGUGUUCAUACAUUUGCUGUGAGGGACAAUUGAGGACCGCAACGCUGAAGACUAAAAGGACUUCGAUCCAUGUAGAUGAAAAGCAUACUACUUGUGCAUUGCAUCAACUAGAUCUUGUAUAAAGAGAGAGAAAAUCCCAAAAAUAGUAAAUGGUGAUACAGGAGUUCUUUGUGUGUGGUUUAUUUUUGUACAUUUUUUUUUUUUUUAAAUAAGAAAAGGUCUUUCCUUCUCAUGUAUUUGUGCUUCAGGGCGCAGUUUUAAACCUCACACCUCUCCUCAACAUGUUAACUGCUCAUCCCUGUAGUCUCCAUGCUUGUGGAUUUGACAUGCGGGCCACAGUGUUUCCCGUGUUCAUGAAUGAUUUCACCUUUAUUU